AUGGUGGGUAUGUGGGCGAUUGACAGCGGUGCAACGCACCACAUCUGCUAUAACAAGUUCAAGUUUGAAGUUCUGGAAGAGCGCAGUGAAGGCGAAGUGCUGGUUGAAGACGAAAACAAGGCUUCGAUCAAUGAAGUUGGGAUUAUCCUCGAAAAGGUGGUCCUAUCAAAUGGUGAAGAGCGCGAAGUUAAAAUCAAGGACGCACUUUAUGUCCCGGGCAUGAACAAGAACCUGCUGUCGAUACCCCGGAUAAACAAAAUCGGCAAGUUCCAAGUGGUGUUUGAUGGAGAUGAGAUAAAGAUUUCGUGUACAAAUUAA